CUGUUUUCCUAUUUAUUCGCCGAAAAAAAAACAAAUUUAAAUAUAUUUUUCUCAUAAACAGUAACCUACAAAUUGCUCAAAUCUUUCAGGAAGAUAAAUUUCUGCCCAAACGAUAACGCUCAAAUAGACAUAUUCACUCCCUAGAUAAAGAGUAAAAGGUUCUGCUCGGCAAGAGUACAUAUUUGACACUUUUUACCACAAAAAUUUAGUCACCAUGGUAUUCAAGUGUCAAGAAGAUAGUUUUCUCAAGGAAUUCAGUACCACAGUCAUCACCUGCGAAAAAACCGACCACGGGUUCAACGUAAUCUGUGAAGAUACGGUACUUUUUCCCGAAGGUGGUGGCCAACCGUCGGAUCAUGGCUGGCUUAAUGAUUACGAAGUGAAAUCCGUCACCCGCAAAGGACCAGAUGCAAUCCAUUUCGUGGAGGGUGAGCAGGCACCGUUCCUGGCCGGAGAUAGAGUCCACCAAAGGAUCAAUUGGGAACGACGAUUCGAUCAUAUGCAGCAGCAUUCCGGUCAACAUUUGAUUACUGCGAUAUUCGAUAAAGAACUUGGUUACAGUACCCGAUCCUGGUGGUUAGGAACGGAAGAUUCAUACGUCGAUUUAGAUGCGAAGGAUGUCACCCGAGAACAGUUGGAAGAAGUGGAAAAAAUUUGUAAUCAACUGAUCGUAGCUUGCACGCCAGUGACCGUCGAUGUUUAUCAGCCAAACGAUCCAGAACUUAAAUCUGGUAAUACACGAACCCGAGGACUUCCAGACGAUGUCAGUGGCCCUCUGCGAGUGGUCACAAUCGAUGGAAUUGAGAAAAAUAUGUGCUGCGGAACACACGUGAAAAAUCUGGCUCAACUUCAAGCGAUGAAAUUUUUAAACGUAGAGAAGAGUAAGAAUAAGUGCCUAGUCCACUUUCUAGUUGGUAAUCGUAUUGUUCGAAAACUAACAGAAUGUUACGACAGGGAAAUUCAAUUCAACAACCUACUCAAUGGAGGCCCAUCCUCUCAUAUAGACCUCAUCAAAAAACUGCAAGUUACGGUCAAAUCAAUUCAAAAAUCGUCGAAAAAACUUUCUACCGAACUGGCUGUUCAUGAGGCAGAAAAGAUAAAUUCUUUAGAUCCUAAACCAAAGUUCUACGCCAUUCACCGGACGGAUGGAGCUGACUCCGAUUUCAUCAAUGUAUUUUUGAGAAACAUCAAACUGACGGACUGCUUUUUCUUUCUUACCAAUGGUGACGAAAGCGGAAAAGGACAGUUGUUACUUUAUGGAAAACCAGAGGAAAUAUCUCUACUGGGAGAAGAUAUUUGCAAAAUACUUGACGGAAAAGGAACCGGUAAAGGCUCUCGAUUUAAUGCCAAAGUAAACAAAUUAAAACCAUCAAACCUUGAUCAAUGCCAAAAACUUGUUGAACAGUAUUUCAACUUGUCUACCGUUGAAAAAUAGAAUUAGACUAAUUCUAUUAAAUUCAAACCGUUCAGAAUAAAUCCAUGCUAGCAUAUGCAUUCUGAAAGAUAUUUGUCAUCGUGUUAUUAACUAAGAAACAUUAAAUGAUUUCACAUUAAUUUAUUUGACGAUAUUUCCU